UCUCUCUCUCUCUCUCUCUCUCUCUCUCUUUCUCCCUGUGAGGAGGCAAAACAGCAUCAACGGCUGAGCCACAGUAACAACACAUGCAACAGGGUGCAGACAGCACCUUCUGCUUCGCCACCUCUUCACUCUGACUCUCAUCCCUCUCAGAGGAAGGCUACAUGGAACAAAAGAAGAGCACAGGAGUGCAGCCGAGCAUCUGUUGAAGAUCUGUUGUCCCACUCCUUUUGAUCAAAAGAUCAGAAGAGGGGAAAAAGUAAAAGAAACAGGGAAAAAGGAGUUGGGAAUUUCUCUUGCGCGGUCCUUCAAAGUGAGAAAGAAGACUUAAAGAAAGAAGAGAGACUAAGCAGAUCAGGCUUUUUCAGUAGGCAGCGGAGUUGAGAGUGAAUUGGAGAUGCCACCUGUGGCACUAGUGUGAUUUUUAAAGAACAGCCUCCUCACUUCACACAUCUUUUCGACCCAAUAUUUAACACCAAUGGCUUCCAAGAAGAAGUGGUCUGAGCGGAGGGAGUUGUGCAGGGAACGGCCGUUCUCCACCCGGGAUGAUUCAUCUGUUGCGUCUGGGACAUCUGGGCCAGGGCGUCCGACCACCAGGGGGCGCUUCUCAGAGUCGUGGAAGAGGCUCAGCUCCAGAGGGGGGUCCACCAAGAGGGGAGGGCUCAACUCUCAGCAGCCACCGGCACAGAAAUCGUGGAUAGAAAGAGCGUUCAGCAAGAGAGAAUGUGUUCGUAUCAUAGUGAGCGCCAAAGACCCCCAUAGGUGCUGUUGUGGUCGUCUGAUAGGUCAGCAUGUGGGCCUGCCCCCAGGCAUCUCAUCCAGUCAGAAUGAUAAGGCAGAUCGUUUGGCCAAGAAUGACAGCCUGUCGGAGAAGUGGUCGAUCAGCAAACACACACAGCUCAGCCCCACUGAUGCCUUCGGCACCAUUGAGUUCCAGGGGGGAGGACACUCCAAUAAAGCCAUGUACGUGCGAGUGUCUUAUGACACCAAGCCUGACCUGCUGCUUCACCUGAUGACCAAGGAGUGGCUGCUGGAUCUGCCCAAGCUACUCAUCUCAGUCCACGGGGGCCUGCAGAACUUUGAAUUACAGCCCAAACUCAAACAGGUCUUUGGCAAAGGGCUCAUCAAGGCUGCCAUGACAACGGGAGCCUGGAUCUUCACCGGCGGGGUCAACACAGGAGUGAUUCGCCAUGUGGGUGAUGCAUUGAAAGACCACGCCUCCAAGUCCAGGGGGAAGAUCUGCACAAUUGGCAUUGCUCCGUGGGGCAUUGUAGAAAAUCAAGAGGAUCUUGUUGGCAAAGAUGUGGUGCGUCCAUACCAGACCAUGUCCAACCCCAUGAGCAAGUUGACGGUUCUUAACAGUCUCCACUCCCACUUCAUCCUGGCAGACAAUGGCACCACAGGAAAGUAUGGCGCAGAGGUCAAACUGCGACGUCAGCUAGAGAAACACAUCUCCCUGCAGAAGAUCAACACACGUAUUGGUCAGGGUGUGCCGGUGGUGGCUCUGAUCGUAGAGGGAGGCCCUAAUGUGAUCUCCAUUGUGCUGGAGUACCUCAGGGACACACCCCCCGUCCCUGUGGUGGUGUGUGACGGCAGCGGCAGGGCCUCAGACAUCUUGGCCUUUGGACACAAAUACUCUGAAGAGGGAGGCAUAAUAAACGAGACUCUACGAGACCAGUUGCUCGUGACCAUCCAGAAGACUUUCACCUACAGCCGCACACAGGCGCAACAUCUGUUCAUCAUUCUGAUGGAGUGCAUGAAGAAGAAGGAGCUGAUAACAGUUUUCCGGAUGGGGUCGGAGGGUCAUCAGGACAUUGACCUCGCCAUCCUCACUGCAUUACUCAAAGGUGCCAACGCUUCAGCUCCUGACCAGCUGAGUUUGGCUCUGGCUUGGAACAGAGUGGACAUCGCCCGCAGUCAAAUCUUCAUCUACGGACAGCAGUGGCCUGUCGGUUCCCUGGAGCAGGCAAUGCUGGAUGCCUUAGUUCUGGACAGAGUGGACUUUGUCAAGCUGCUGAUUGAAAAUGGAGUCAGUGUGCACCGUUUCCUCACGCUUUCCAGACUAGAGGAGCUCUACAACACGAGACAUGGUCCGUCCAACACGCUGUACCACCUCGUCAGAGAUGUCAAAAAGGGAAACCUGCCCCCGGACUACCGCAUCAGCCUCAUCGACAUUGGACUGGUCAUUGAAUACCUCAUGGGCGGGGCGUAUCGGUGUAACUACACCAGGAAGAGAUUCAGAACGCUGUACCAUAACCUCUUUGGACCCAAGAGGCCCAAAGCCCUGAAACUGCUGGGGAUGGAGGAUGACAUGCCCAUCCGCAGAGGCCGCCAGAAGACGACGCGCAAACGAGAGGAGGAAGUGGACAUCGACUUGGACGACCCCGAAAUCAACCACUUCCCUUUCCCCUUCCAUGAGCUCAUGGUGUGGGCCGUGCUCAUGAAACGCCAGAAGAUGGCGCUGUUCUUUUGGCAGCAUGGCGAAGAGGCCAUGGCCAAGGCCUUGGUAGCAUGUAAGCUCUGUAAAGCCAUGGCACACGAAGCCUCAGAGAACGACAUGGUGGAUGACAUCUCCCAGGAACUAAACCACAACUCCAGAGAGUUUUGCCAGCUGGCAGUGGAACUCCUAGACCAGUCCUAUAAACAGGACGAGCAGAUGGCCAUGAAGCUGCUUACGUACGAGCUGAAGAACUGGAGCAACGCCACCUGCCUGCAGCUGGCGGUAGCAGCCAAACACAGAGAUUUCAUCGCUCACACCUGCAGUCAGAUGCUGCUGACCGACAUGUGGAUGGGACGCCUGCGCAUGCGCAAGAACUCCGGCCUGAAGGUCAUCUUAGGGCUGCUUCUGCCACCAUCCAUCCUGAGUCUUGAGUUCAAGAACAAGGAUGAGAUGUCCUACAUGCCCCAGGAUCAGGAGGCCUACCUGCAGGAGAAGGAGGAGGAGGAGCAGCCCGAGAAACCAGUCAAGGAGAAGGAGGAGGAAGACAUGGAGUUCACAGUAAGAUCUUACUGUGAGGCGCAGUACAACUCCGUGGCAAUGCUGGGAAAGGUAACCACAGAAACAUCCAGAAAGAAGGAUGUCGAGGAAGUUCAGAAACGCCACCGCCUCAUCCCCUUGGGACGCAAGAUAUACGAGUUCUACAACGCUCCAAUCGUCAAGUUCUGGUUCCAUACGAUGGCAUACGUGGGCUACCUGAUGUUGUUCAACUACAUUGUCCUGGUCAAGAUGGACCUGUGGCCCUCUACUCAAGAGUGGAUCGUCAUCGCUUACAUCUUCACCAACGGCAUCGAGAAGAUGAGAGAGAUCCUGAUGUCAGAGCCGGGGAAGUUGUUACAGAAGGUGAAGGUGUGGCUUCAGGAGUACUGGAACAUCACAGACCUCAUGGCCAUCCUGAUAUUUUCCAUCGGCAUGGUUCUGCGACUCCAGGAGCCGCCGCUCAUGAGCUACGGGCGGGUCAUCUAUUGCGUCAACAUCAUCUAUUGGUACAUCCGGCUGCUGGACAUCUUUGGGGUCAACAAGUACCUGGGUCCCUAUGUGAUGAUGAUUGGCAAGAUGAUGAUCGACAUGAUGUAUUUUGUGAUCAUCAUGUUGGUGGUGCUGAUGAGUUUUGGGGUGGCGCGUCAGGCCAUCCUCAACCCUAAUGAAGACCCGUCUUGGAUGCUAGCUAGGAACAUCUUCUUCAUGCCUUACUGGAUGAUCUACGGAGAGGUGUUUGCCGACCAGAUUGACCCCCCCUGUGGUCAGAACGUCACUACGGACGAUGGGGGGGUGGUGGCCCUCCCCCCAUGUAAGACGGGCGCCUGGAUCGUUCCGGCCAUCAUGGCCUGCUAUCUGCUGGUGGCCAACAUACUGCUGGUCAACCUACUCAUAGCUGUGUUCAAUAAUACAUUCUUCGAGGUGAAGUCCAUCUCCAACCAGGUUUGGAAGUUCCAGCGCUACCAGCUCAUCAUGACCUUCCACGAGCGCCCAGUCCUUCCUCCGCCGCUCAUCAUCUUCAGUCACAUCACCAUGGUCCUCAAGCAUCUGUGUUGCCGCUGGCGCAAGCACGACGACGACGAGCGGGACUACGGCCUGAAACUUUUCAUCACAGAGGAGGAGCUGAAAAAAGUCCACGACUUUGAGGAGCAAUGCAUAGAAGAGUACUUCAGAGAGAAAGAUGACCGAUUCCACUCCUCUAACGAUGAGAGGAUCAGAGUCACUUCUGAAAGGGUGGAGAAUAUGGCCAUGCGUCUGGAGGAAGUCAAUGAAAGGGAACACUUCAUGAAGGCGUCUCUGCAGACCGUUGACAUCCGUCUGGCCCAAAUGGAGGAGCUGAUUGGACGAAUAGCCGUCGCGCUGGAGCGCGUCACGGGUGUCGAGCGCGGUGAGGUCAACAAAGUUCGUUCCAGGACUUCCUCUGACUGCACAGACUCGGCGUACAUGCUCCGCCAGGGGGAGUGCCCGGAGGCGGCAUACAUCCUCCGUCAGAGCAGCUUCAACAGCACAGAAGGGAAUGCCUACCGCCUGCAGGAGGCACUGGAGGGAACAGCUGAGGGCUCCAUGUCGCCUCCUUCUCCCACCGGCAUGGCUGCACGGACCAGGAGCCACUCGUUUUACGUCGGCCGCGGCGGCGAACGUGCGAGCGGAGUGGAACGAGCCGAGAGCUUCUUUAAAGAGCGCUCGCUCAGUCUCCAUCGCGCCAACAGCUCCCAAUCGGUGUCCUCAGGUGCCGCCCCCAAGGAGUCUAAGCCCCUCCCCCUGGCGACGCUGUCGGUCUCCCAGCAGCACCGUCCGUCAUCGUGCAUUGAUAUCUAUGUCUCCACUUCUGAGGAGGUGGGGCCCGGGGAGGUCUUUCUGGAUCAUCUCCGAAUGGUCCCACCGCUCCAGAGAGAGCGCUCACUGCAGUCAGAUAUUAUGGAGACGGUGCUGCCGGGAGGCCGGGACUUCGGCAGCGCCGCCACCAGCGGCAUGGGCGACAGGCACUCGGAGGGCGGAGCGGGCAGCAGCGGAACAGCUGGAGCCAUGUUUGACGACAGUGCAGCGGCAGAUUUGUCAUUGUGCUCCGCCCACCUCCUACCGGACACCACGUUACCUCCUUGGGACUUGGAACCAUCCCCGCCUCCCUCAGCAGGGCUGCUCGAGCGCUCUAAGAGCAGCCGCUACCUCUCCACAGCGGGCACGGCGUUCCUGGAUGAGCCCCCUCUGGUCAAGUCCCACAGCCUCAUGUUCACCCCGAGAGGCUGCUACAGUGGACUGGGAGCAGGAGUCCAGGUAAAAGCUGCCGAGUACACCAGCAUCACUGACUGCAUCGAUACGCGCUGCGUCUCCGCUCCAUACACUCCCGCAGAACGCUCGCACUCCCCCGGAGGAUCCACCUCAUUCCCUUUCGAUAAGCCGUCAGACAUUGCUUCCUCUCACCCGGAGAGAGAGGCGGAGCUUAGCCACACCGAGUCAGAUCCAGAGGACCCUGAGGACCUGAUUCCAACCCCCGAUACCCCUCGUCUAGGGGGCCUCGGCGGGCCCAGUGGGGCCUCUCUCUGCUCCCCCUACUCCAGGCUGGAGCGAGCAAACAGCUGCUCCUCAGACGACUCCCAUCCUUCCCUCACGCUGGCCCCUCCGCACCGGAAGAGCCUGUCGGUGAGUGAGAGGAUGGAGAGGGGACAGAGUCUGGGGGCAGACAGGGGGUCUGGGUCGGGGGACCGGGGUCUGGCAGGAACCAGAAACCCCUUCCUCAGGAGCAAGUCCGGAGCACGGCCUGAAACAGCCAAGACUGACAGCCUCUCCAUGAGGAAGCUGGCCACUCCGUCAGCUUUCCGCAGCUUUGAUAGACAAAACUACACGUGACAAGAACACUGGUCGGUGCACUCACACACUGAUUGGACCAGGGAGGAACACUGAAAGGGCAGCAUGAAAGCGGGGUGAAGUUGCCCAUAGAUGCUGAUCAGGACCACGGUUUUUCCACUUACGUUUUAGGUUAGAGAAAGGUGGUAAAAGUUUAUUCAUAGUCAGUGCUGGAGGGCAACUUUACCCUGAAGCAGGUGUCAGAGGGGAAAGAUGGGAGAUGUAGGGCUCCUACUGUACACCAGUCAAAAACAAAGAGCUAUGAAUCUAGAGUAGUUUUUACCUCCUCUAGUAGCUACGUAACUCAAUGGGGUGUUAUGGAAAUGGAAGCAGUAUUUGUACUGUAUGUCUUCCACCCACCAGCAUAACGUCAAGUAGACAUCUGUCAUUGUGUUACAUCACAUAUCAAUCACGUCAGUCAGAGAAAGUACACUGUUACUAAUAGCUGCAUUAUAUGGUAGAAACUGUCAAGUGUGAGAGACAGAGAGAGAGAGAGAGGAGAAGGAAAGAAAAAAAAGCCACCUCAUUUUGUCCUUUUGUCUUAGCAUUGAGUCAUUACUGGUGCAAAACCUCCGCUUUAAAUGCAUUAUCCUCUCUUCAUGUAAUCCUAACUCCACUCUGUAAAACCCCAGCACUAGCAAACGGAAAGAAGCUAACAUUUUUUGGCUGUUUCAUAAAGACAUCAGUGAAGUGGUUUGAACCAUCUGGAACUAUUUCCUCUCUUGGUUGCACUGGAAAGGAUUGCUGUAACAUGGCAACAACUUACCUCUAGAUACAAAAAUACACAUUUUCAAAUAAUCAAUAUUCAUCUCUUUUUGUUAUUUCUCAAAGGUAUGUCAAAUAUGCCUUUCGUCGUCUUGCGUUUUGUAGCAUCAUUUAUCGACCAAACAGUUUGUUUUGUCAGUCCAGCUAGAGAAAGAAAGCAGUGUUUGAACAUACUCCAGUCAAAAGGUCAUUACUCGAUCACAAGUCUCCAGUCGUGGCUGUCAAGUGUCAGCAGGAAAAAACUGGGUUUAAUUAGCCACGUGAUACGAGAGCAAAAAAAAAAGCAAAAAGUUAUCAGGAAAAGUGAGAAAGAAUGUGACAUGAAGACUGAGAUUAGCAGGUGACAGCAUCCAGUGUUUUGAGGCAUGAAUCUAUCAGAGGAACAUGAAGGAAAGGUGAUUGGUUAACUGAAGUGCAUGUUGACAUGUCUGCACACACACACACACACACACAUAUACGCACACGCACACACACACACACACACAGUCUGUGAAAUCUUACAUAAUGCUAGAAAAUAACUCUAGUUCAGACCUGAUCCUUGAAAGCUUUACGAAGUGCAAUUGCAACAACAAAAAGGCAACAAGAGGGCGCUAUUAGCCUAUUUCAGAAGCAAUGCUUGCUGGGAGAACCUGGCGUGAACCUUCUUUGCCUGCACCUGACACCAAAAAUCCUUACACUCAACGAAUCAUUGCUCUGUUGUAGCCCAGACCUCCUCCUUCAGGCAUUAUGUCGCAAAGGUUUUACAUCCACUUACGCCUAAUGGAUCCGUCCUUCAUGUACUGUCAUUCAUUUGCUUUUUCCUUUAUUUUAAGUGCAUUCAAAGCCAGACACUAGAAAAGGAGACUUUAAUACACAUGUGUCAAACUCAAGGCCCGUGGGCCAAAUCCGGCCCCUCACAGAUUAUGAUCCGGCCCGCAUA